GGAUAACAUGAUAAUAUAACGCAACAUUGAGAGACUAUUUCAACAACAGGUGCUGUGGUCUAGUGGUAUGACGUCACGUUGUGGCCGUGCCAGCCCCGGUUCGAUUCCGGGCAGCGCCACUUCUUUUUUAUUUUCUAUGCUUUUAAGCCUUGUCCCAAUGAUGGUGGGGGUUUUCUAUGCACACCACCCUUUUUCUUUUUUUAUUCCAUCUACUGUAAAUAUCACUAAAUGAGUCGGUCUCAUCCUGAUAAUUCAGCUGACAGCCUCCGGAUCAGGGAAAGGGGAAGUCUCCUACAUUA